AUGGAGAACGGAAGAGCAGACACUCUGCAGAUAAGGCAAGUCCUGCUUCUCUUUGUUUUGCUAGGAAUAUCUCAGGCGGGUUCCGAGUCUGGGCGCUUUUCUGUGGCAGAGGAAAUGCAGAGUGGGAGCUUUGUAGGCAACUUGGCAAAGGACCUGGGAGUAGAAGUGGGUGAGCUGUUCUCAAGGGGGGCUCAGGUGGUCUCUAAUGAUAACAAAAACCGUUUGCAGCUGGACAAAAACACCGGGGAUUUGCUCUUAAGCGAAUCGCUAGACCGGGAGGAGCUCUGUGGCUCCACUGAGCCUUGUGUGCUGCAUUUCCAGGUGUUAAUGAAAAACCCUUUGCAGUUUUUACGCAUUGAGCUCCAGGUCACGGACAUAAAUGACCACUCUCCCAUAUUCUUAGAAAAAGAAAUGCUCCUAGAAAUCCCAGAGAAUAGUCCUGUUGGUGCUGUGUUCUUACUAGAAAGUGCGAAGGAUUUAGAUGUAGGAAUCAAUGCUCUGAAGAACUACAUAAUAAGCCCCAACUCUCAUUUCCACAUUAAAAUGCGAGUCAAUCCGGACAAUAGGAAAUACCCAGAGUUGGUUCUGGACAAGGCACUGGAUUAUGAAGAGCAGUCGGAGCUCAGUUUCAUCCUUACUGCUCUGGAUGGUGGGUCUCCAGCUAGGUCUGGGACUGCAACUGUCCGGGUGGUGGUUGUGGACACUAAUGACAACUCUCCCGAGUUUGAGCAACCAUUUUAUGAGGUGAAGAUUCCAGAGAAUAGCAUAUUAGGCUCACUCAUUGUCACCGUCUCAGCUUGGGAUUUAGACUCAGGAAAAAAUGGAGAAAUAUCAUAUUCUUUUUCCCAUGCCUCAGAAGAUAUUCGCAAGACAUUUGAAAUUAAUCAAAAGUCUGGAGAAGUCAGUUUAACAGCAUCCAUGGAUUUUGAAACAAUUGAAUCAUAUUCAGUAAUCAUUCAAGCUACAGAUGGGGGAGGUCUCUUUGGAAAAUCAACAGUAAGAAUUCAGGUGAUGGAUGUGAAUGACAAUGCUCCUGAAAUAGCCAUAUCGUCAAUUACCAGUCCAAUCCCAGAAAAUUCGCCUGAGACUGUGGUUAUGGUUUUUAGCAUCCGAGACAGAGACUCUGGGGACAAUGGGAGGAUGAUUUGUUCUAUCCCAGAAGACCUCCCUUUCAUGCUAAAAUCUUCAGUUGAGAAUUAUUACACUUUGGAAACGGAGAAAAUGCUGGAUAGAGAGAGCCAGGCCGAGUACAACAUCACCAUCACCGUCACCGACUUGGGGACCCCCAGGCUGAAAACGCAGCACAACAUAACCGUGACGGUCUCCGACGUCAACGACAACGCCCCCGCCUUCAGCCAAACCACCUACACCCUGCGCGGGCCUGAGGGCCACUUUCCGGGCCACCUGGUGGACGUCAGCGGCGCGGGGACGCUGUCGCAGAGCUACCAAUAUGAGGUGUGUCUGCGGGGAGGAUCUGGAACCAAUGAAUUCAAGUUCUUGAAGCCGAUUAUCCCGAACCUCCCACCCCAGUGCUCUGGGAAACAAACGGAAGAAAAUCCUACCUUCGGCAAUAGCUUUGGGUUCAAUAUAUAG